UAUUCUAUGACUGUAGUAUGAAAAUGAAAACAAACAAUAUGAAUUUGAAUUUUGAUAAUUAUUAUAUCGAAAAUUCUUGAAUAGUUUUGUGGAAAAUCAGCCAAAGCUAUGUCAGAGCUGGAUUUGGAAUGCUUAGUUACUCUAGACUGCAAGCAAGGGGCAGUGAGAGCUGUUAGAUUCAACGUUGAUGGUUCCUACUGUUUAACCUGCGGUUCAGAUAGAAAACUUAAAUUGUGGAAUCCAUACCGCAGUCUCCUCUUGAAAACGUAUGGAGGUCAUGGGAACGAAGUGUUAGAUGCUUGUGGUUCGAACGAUAGCAGCCAAAUUGCAUCUUGUUCUUCAGAUAAAUCUGUUAUUAUCUGGGACGUAUCUACUGGUCAACCAAAACGAAGAUUUCGAGGUCAUGCCUCUUCAGUUACAUGUGUGAAAUUCAAUGAGGAGUCAACUGUAGCUGUAUCAGGUAGCUUAGAUAAUUGUAUCAUGUGCUGGGAUGUCAGAUAUACACAUAAUAGACCAAUUCAAACAAUGAAAGAUGCAAAAGACUGCAUAUCAUCUAUUAGAGUUAGUGACCACGAAAUUCUUGCUGGAUCAGUGGACUGUACAAUUAGAAGGUAUGAUAUGAGGAACGGCAGUUGUCAUAUGGAUUAUAUAGGUGCUCCUGUAGUAUCAGUGGAUUUUUCCCAUGAUGGUCAGUGCAUUUUAGUGGGAUCAGCCGAUGAUUCUAUUAGGCUUAUGGAUAAAAAUACAGGAGAAAUGUUAGCAGAGUACACAGGACAUAAAACUGAUGAUGUAAAUAUUGAAAGUGGCAUCAUAACAAGUGAUGAUUAUGUAAUUUCGGGCUCAAUUUCUGGACAUCUUUAUAUUUGGGAUCUCAUUAAUGCUAAGGUUGUUAAAAAGUUAAUGCAUACCCCUGGUAAAGUUCUCAAUUCUAUUGGCAUUCAUCCAAGGAAAAAUAUUGUUCUGACAUCAUCAACAAAUAACAUUAAACUUUGGGGUCCAGGCAAUUUAACCAUUGAGGAUACAAUUCAACCUCAGGAAACUUAAAUAUCAAACUGUAAAGAAAAACAUUUCCUGUGAAAAAUUUGUUUAUGUUAAUAGAUCUUAUUUGAAUACUUA